CGGCUUCACAAAUCGCUAACUAGCUGAAUCAUUUGGUAGAAGUCUCCCCUUUUCUUGUGAUUGUACUUGUCUUGCACUGCAAUGGCGGCAAGAUACGACAGAGCCAUUACUGUCUUUUCUCCCGAUGGUCAUCUCUUCCAAGUGGAGUAUGCGCAAGAAGCUGUAAAGAAAGGUUCCACAGCGGUGGGGAUCAGAGGUAAAGACAUUGUUGUCCUUGGUGUUGAGAAGAAAUCAGUGGCAAAGCUGCAGGAGGAAAGGACUGUCCGCAAGAUAUGUGCCCUGGACGAGCAUGUCUGCAUGGCCUUUGCAGGUCUGACAGCAGAUGCCCGCAUUGUGAUAAACAGAGCUCGGGUUGAGUGCCAGAGCCACAGGCUAACCGUUGAGGACCCAGUCACAGUGGAAUAUAUCACACGCUACAUAGCUACACUGAAACAGCGCUACACUCAAAGCAAUGGGCGCAGGCCAUUUGGCAUCUCUGCGUUAAUUGUUGGCUUUGACGAUGAUGGAACUCCCAGACUCUAUCAGACCGACCCGUCAGGAACCUACCAUGCCUGGAAGGCAAAUGCAAUCGGCCGUAGCGCAAAAACUGUGAGGGAGUUCCUGGAGAAGAAUUACACAGAUGAAGCCAUUGCAGGGGACAAUGAGGCAAUCAAGUUGGCAAUCAAAGCUUUGCUUGAGGUUGUCCAGUCAGGAGGGAAAAAUAUUGAACUUGCUGUCAUCAGACGAAAUCAGCCACUGAAGAUUUUGGAAUCCAAGGAAAUUGAGACUCUGGUGGCUGAGAUUGAGAAGGAAAAAGAGGAAGAGGCAGAGAAGAAGAAGCAGAAAAAAUCCACCUGAAGCAGUUAACUAAGAGUUUUUCUUUAUCGCACUUGGAUGACAUUAGCAUAUUUGGGUUGCAGAUAUUGGUAUGUUUCAGAGACUUUACUUCUCUCAUUCGUUUCAUUGUAAAGACAUAAACCAUAACUUGAGAUCUGUUGAUGUUUCUGAGUGAUACAGUGCCAUCUACAAACGAUACCAUGUUCUGAUACUUCCAGCUGUUGAGUUAACUGAUGUUUAAAAGUGCAUACACAGAUCUCAAGUUAGGGUUUAGAUCUUAAACUACACUUACAGGAUGUUUUUAUAUCAGACACCAAACAGCUCUGAUGGUGACGAAUCUCAAAUAUUGAAAUAAAUCGUUUGUAACAUUCAAACAUUGAAACUCAACGCUCAAUAAAAGCUGACUUUGUUUGUAAAA